GCGACGGUGUCAUCUGCUGCCUGUCAGGUGCAAGAGCAGCGACACCUGCUGGUGGGCGUGGUUAGGAGCGGGAGGAUCGGCCGCUGCAGGUUGUUGGCGGGUGACGUGUCUUCCCCGCCCCGGGCAGGUGAGGAAGAGGAAGGCGUGCGGCAGGUGUAAACGGUGUCCUGGCCGGAGAUGUGGCGGCUCCAGCGGGUGUCUUCUCUCCGGGAGGCCCUUCCUGGUGUGGGGGGGACCCCUGUAUCAUCGUAACAACCGCAGCAUCAGAUUUGGACGCGGCUCCCCAGCCAAGAACAUGAGUGUCACCAAGCAGUGGGACAUCAGCCAGGCUCUGGCCAUCGCUGGCCUGUUCCAUUUCUUCCAUGGCAUUGGAAAGUUCUGCCUUAACCCUUUCUUAACCAUCUUCUUCCGAUACCUGGGAAUGAGCCCUCCUUUUGUAGGGAUGAUAAUGGGGUUGAAACACGUCAUUCACGUUUUGGGUGCACCUCUGUGCUCUUACAUGGCCAAAACAAACUAUAAGAGAAGGGUUCUCAUCACAACCUCUCUGCUGCUGUCAGCCAUAACUGCCGUAGCCUUCACUUUCUGUGCCCCAUUGGAAAGUCAUAUGGUCUUAAGAUACUGUAAUCUUAGCAUUCCUUGGAAGGAGAAGUUGAUCACUCCUGGUAGUAUGGAUAUGGAGUUGUUUGGACCAGAGGACAAUGCAAGUUUUCUGAUUCCUGAAGGUUCUCCGACACCUGGACUUGCACUGACCUUAUUUACAGAAGAUGCCAGCAGUGAGCCAGUAGAGACUUUGACUAUAAAUUUCACAACCAUGGAGAAUAGAACAAACUUAGAUAUAACAUUAGCACUUUCCAGUCCAACUCAACUUACAGAGACCAGCACUCCACAUCAGAAAAGGCGUAAAACACUUAUUAAACAAUCUGCAAAACUGAGAGAGAAUUCCACCAGCUCUAUGUUUGAGAACAUCUCUUCUGUGACAUCUUUCCAACCUAAACUGUCCAAUCAUUCUGCCCAUAAGAAGAAAGUCAGAGAAACCAGCUUGGGCAUCCACAUUUUAGAACAUCUCCUCGAUAGAGAAAACAAGAUAUUCCUGGUAGUUCUGGGCAUGAUCAUGGUCUGGUCUGUCUUCACGGCUCCAUUGAAGUGGACAGCAGAUGACAGCCUAUAUGAGUAUCUCGACUUUGUAGAUGCCACGGACCGGCAUGGUAAAGUGUGGAUAUGGAGCCACUCGGGCGCUUGCAUUGGCUCUUUUGCCAUUGUGUUUUUGAUAGAAAGUCUCAGUUGCUUCCUGACCACAGAUAUCCCCAGAAUCUAUCUUCAUUUUUAUGGCUACUCUGCAUUUAUGAUCAUCACAGGAAUUCUUAGCACUUUUUAUCCUAUACACGUCUCCAAGAAAACGGAACACACAAACAAGACCAUCAAAGCCCUGAGUCUUAUCGGAAGCGAUGGUCGAGUAAUCCUGCUGUCCAUCACCGUAUUUUUGACUGGUGCCAUCUGGUCUACAGCGCACAACUUUUUAUUUUGGCAGAUGCAGGAUGUGGGCUGCUCAGAACUCUAUAUGGGAAUCUCUGUCGCUAUUGCCCUUUUCUCCGAAAUUGUGCUCCACUUCUUCAAAAAUAAACUAUUUAGAGUCUUCUCAGUCAAAUGGAUUGUGGUCAUUGGCCUCGGCUGUCUGGCGGUACAGAUGGUAUAUUACUCCUUCUUAUGGACACCUUGGGCCGUGUGGCUCAUUCAGGUUUUGAGUGCCUUUAGCAAUGGAGCCCUCAUCUGGGCUGUGAAUGCCCAAGCCAAUGACGUGGCUACGCCAGGUACAGAGAGGUCCCUGCAGCUGGUUCUGCACUGCUUGUCACAUGACUUUGGCGCCAGCCUGGGUAGCAUUGUCAGUGGUUUCAUCAUCAGUGCUUUUGGCCUCCCUAUACUGUUCCAAGCGUGCAGCGUGACUCUGCUGCUGUGGAUUUCUCUGUUCUUGUUGAUCCAUCCCAGACUUCCACAUACGAAGAAAAUAAACUAUUCACGGCUCUUGGCUGCGGACAACAGCGACAUGAGUGACACUGACGAUGACCAGGAGCGAGACUGGCUUGUUAAAGCGAUGAAAGAUGAUAGCAAACAAUGGUAGCCUGUUAUAAAGUGCAUGAUUUCCAGCACCAUGGACAUUCUAAUGUACUACAUCGCUCUAUGAAAAAAUAUAUAAUAUUUUAUUACA